AAAACAAAUAUAAAAAAAUUGAAACUGUUCAUAUUUUCAGAAGUUGAAUCGACCUAAUGCUGUGACUCUCGCAUUUAAUGCUUUUCAUUAACCUCAGAGCGGCUACCUUCAACAAUCGAUGCAGAUUGUUCUUCUCGAAGCAGCUUCCGAAUUCUCAUGAAUCUGAUCAUCAAUGUUUGUUAUUUCAUCUAAUUAUCCAUGUGAUAUAUUUUCCAUGGCUGUUGGAAAACACAAUUAUGUUAACGACAUCACUCCUGCUAAGGAAUCAUGGACAUUGUUGUUCGAGUUGUUCGUUAAUGGUUUGUACCGGAUAUGAAUUUCAAACAAAGUUUUCUAUGCAAUGGAACUGGUUUUUAUGGAUGAAAAGGUACCGCAUCAGACUGAGACUUAUUGAUGAAGCUGAUUCUGCUACUUUUGUGUUUUUUGAUCAUGAUUGUUAUUUGAUUGAAGAGAUGGACACUAUUGGAAGAUGAUGCAGUAAAGAAUUGAAAAUUGAAAGUGUUAAAUAGCGAGAAGUCAGUUGAAGAAUACACAUUUUAACGAGGCACUUAUUUCAAAUUAGUGAUUAUGUAUUUAUUAUUAUCAUGUGAAG